CUUGGCCAUGGCCUCCGAAGCUGUGAAAGUGAUUGUGCGUUGCCGCCCCCUGAACGAACGCGAAAAGCAGCUCAGCUGCAAGGUGGUGGUCAACAUGGACAGCGCCCGUGGCCAGUGCUUCAUCCAGAACCCUACUGCCGCAGAGGACCCACCAAAGCAGUUCACCUUUGAUGGGGCAUAUUAUAUGAACCAGAACACAGAGCAGAUCUAUAAUGAAAUCGCCUACCCGCUCAUAGAGGGCGUUACGGAAGGCUAUAAUGGCACCAUCUUUGCCUAUGGGCAGACAGGGAGUGGAAAGUCCUUUACCAUGCAAGGGAUUCUGGAUCCAUCUUCCCAGAAGGGCAUCAUUCCCAGAGCCUUUGAACACUUAUUUGAGAGUGUGCAGUGUGCAGAAAACUCCAAGUUCUUGGUGAGAGCUUCCUACUUAGAGAUCUAUAAUGAAGACAUCAGAGACCUCCUUGGUCCGAACGCCAAACAAAAACUGGAGCUGAAGGAGCACCCGGAGAAAGGGGUCUACGUGAAGGGCCUGUCGCUGCACACGGUGCACAGCAUCACCCAGUGCGAGCGCAUCAUGGAGACGGGCUGGAGAAACCGUGCUGUGGGCUAUACCCUGAUGAACAAGGACUCCUCACGCUCCCACUCCAUCUUCACCAUCAACAUGGAGAUCUAUGUCGUAGAUGAGAGAGGACAAGACCACCUGAGGGCUGCAAAGCUCAACCUGGUGGACCUGGCUGGGAGCGAGAGGCAAUCCAAAACCGGAGCGGUUGGAGAGCGCCUCAAAGAGGCCACCAAAAUCAACCUGUCUCUCUCAGCCCUGGGCAACGUAAUCUCAGCCCUGGCAGAUGGGAGAUGCCGACACAUCCCCUACAGAGACUCCAAACUGACCCGGGUGCUGCAGGACUCACUCGGAGGCAACACCAAGACGCUCAUGGUGGCGUGCCUGUCUCCCGCGGACAACAAUUACGAUGAGACCCUCAGCACCUUGCGCUAUGCCCACCGAGCCAAGAACAUCCGGAACAAGCCCCGCAUCAACGAGGAUCCGAAGGAUGCUCUGCUGAGGGAGUACCAGGAGGAGAUCAAGAAGCUGAGGGCCGUCUUAGCUCAGCAGAUGAACGUCAUGGAGUUGUCUCACCUGUUACAUUCUGAGGCUGCUCAGCUUGAGAUAAAGCCAAAUCCCUACCCUGAAUCUCUGGCAGACAUUGAGAAAGAAAAGCAGCUGAUCCGAGAAGAGUACGAGGAGCGGCUGGCCCGGCUGAAGGCUGACUAUGAAGCUGAACAAGAAUCUCGCGUCCGGCUUGAAGAGGACAUCAGUGCAUUAAGGAAUGCUUACGACCUGAAGUUCCACACUUUGGAAGAGAACCUCACGAAAGAACCAGAAACCACCCAGCCAGUUGAAGCUGUUGCAGAUCAACCCUCCUUGGUUCCCGGCCCUGCUGCAGAAACCGAAACGCUAGCCAAGGAGUCCGACCCAGCCGAGGCUCCUGCUUCUCCCCUGGACCAGCAUUUGGAGAAAGCACUCAGGCCGGGGACACCUGGAACCGAUGUGGCUGAGGAGUCCCCUCUGGCUGUGAACCAGCAGCAAGUGCUUGCCAGGUUGCAGAUGUUAGAACAACAGGUGGUAGGAGGAGAACAGGCCAAGAACAAAGACCUGAAGGAAAAGCAUAAGCGUCGAAAGAGAAUUGCAGAUGAGCGGAAGAAGCAGCUGCUGGCGGCUUUGCAGAAAUCGGACGAGGACAGCAGCGACUGGGUCCUGCUCAAUGUCUACGACUCCAUCCAGGAAGAAGUGCGGGCCAAAAGCAAAUUGCUGGAGAAGAUGAAAGAAAAGCUGCGGGUCGCCGAGACCGAAAUCAAGGACCUUCAGUCGGAAUUUGAACUGGAGAAGAUUGAUUAUCUGGCCACCAUCCGCCGCCAGGAGCGAGAGCUCCUGCUUUAUCAGCAGCUCCUGGACCAGGUGCAGCCCCUCAUACGGCGGGACUGCAGUUACAGCAACUUUGACAAAAUCAAGCGGGAGUCCACCUGGGAUGAGGACUCAGGCUGCUGGAAAAUCCCAGAGCCUCUCACUCAAAAGACCAGCCUGCCUGCAGCGGUUUCAUCGUUGUCACAGAACAAAGCGGGCAGGAAGAGUUCGUCCUCGGAGAAUGGGGAGACAGUGACCAUGCAGGAAGAAGACCGCUAUAAGUUGAUGCUGAGCAAGAGUGACAGUGAGAAUAUUGCCAGUAACUAUUUUCGCUCAAAACGAGCAAGCCAGAUUCUCAAUGCUGAUCCCAUGAAGAGUCUAGCUUCCCAUAACUCCCCCCCGUUGCUGAACAACAACCCCUCCAUCCUGACUUCCAGCCUGGCGCCCAUUCCCCCUGCCCAAACGGUGGAGAUGCCCCAGCCGCGCCCCUUCCGCCUUGAAUCCCUGGACUUCUCGUCUCCGUCAGCCAAGACGAAACGCAAGAAAAGCCGGAACAACCUGAGCGGGGACGCCCUCUGACUGUUGGGGUCUGCUUCCUGUUCCCUCUGGCCAACAUCUGGCCCUCCUCCACUGGCCCCGUGUUGGUAGCUGUACAAAGGGCUCCGUGGCUUUUCUUUCCCUUUGGGGGAGAUUGAAAGCAAUUAAAUGCCGCUUCCCAGAGACCAGUAGUCUGACCAGCCCUCCGUGUUCAGGUUGGGGCUGUUACCUCUCCCAGUUACCCUCUCCGCUGCCAUUUUGUAGGAACACUGCCGUUCAGCCUGCCCUUUCCCUCCCUGACAUUGACGGGAAAUCAAACCCGGAAGAGAUGGAUUAAGUAUUCUUGGCGGUGGCCCUGAAGCUCACCCCCCCACGCCUCACCCCACGCCUGGCCUGUCUCCCUAAUUUGUUACAGGACAGGAAACUUUGCCAGAAAGCCCUGCACCCUACUCGAUGGCCUCUAGCAUCCGUGUCCCCCCUGCUCAGCUCACUUUAGAUCGUGACUCUGGCUCCCGUUUGGGGAGUUCAGGGGAUGCUUAAGAAGACAGGCAGAAGGAGAGAGAAGGGGAGAGCCUCUCCCGGAGCGUAACCUGCUAGGCUCACGAGUGAAUUGGUGCCCAGAGGAGGAUCUUCUCAAGAAGGGAGGGCUGGACUUUGAGUGGUUGGGAAGAAUAAGGCAUAGGGGAGAGCCUGCCAGGAGUUGUGAAGGCCGACGUGGCACAGGCCACUUCGGUUCAUGUGGUGUGUGAAGAGCCAUCCUAGGAGGUGGUCACACACACACACGCCCAAAGCAGUGUUAAAGGGACAGUUGAGAGUGCAGAGCAAGGCUGGAGAGCUCCGCGGAUCCAGUGUGGGUUGGUAAAGCUGGGGCUUAGAGAACCAAUGGCCCUCCCAGGGACUGGGCUUGAGCAGCGUCCUCUCACUGCUGCCUCCAGCGGAGAUUCUCUCUUGCUCUCCACUCAGCAUCCGAGCCUCAUUCGUCUACAUAUGGGGUGUUCCUUGUGGGGAGGCGGCGACGUCCAGCUCUUGCAGGGCGGGAGGGAAUGGACGGAGGCCCUGCGCUGAGACUCUACAAAGUAACCCUUUCCCAAAUCAUCUCUCUUCUGCUCAGAACACUCAGUGUGGUUUGGCACAACCCAUUCUUUUUCUAACCACCCACCCUGGUGCUUAGACACCUUUUACACCAAGCCUUGAUGUAGCCUUCCACAGCCCUCCAGCGUGCGAAGAUCCAUUCCCUGUCACCACUUAUCGCUUGAGAAGGCCAUCUCAAUUCACGGUGCUUGCGCCUUCUCCCUUUCCGUAGCCAGAAAAUAAGCUCACAUGGCAGCAGUACUGCCACAUAGCCACCACAUUUUUCUCCACGUUCUACCCAGGGAAAGCGUGAUACACGCUCAGGGGUCCGUUUCAAGAUGCAGGGCCGGCAACAGGACAUGGGGCCCUGGCUUGCGCAAGUAACUCACCGCGUCCUCUGGAUGAGAGCAGCUGAACAAAAAGAGGGUGGGAACAACUGCUGCCGUGCUGUGUUUGUGUGGAGU